AUGAAAGCUAUAUUGCAGCGCGUUUUGUCGGGUUCCGUCACCGUCGAGAAAGAGUUGGUCUCGUCCAUUGGCCGUGGCGUCCUCGUCUUUGCGGCCGUGGCCCCGGGUGAUACCGAAAAGGAGAUGGAGUCCAUGGCAAACAAGGUCCUGCGCAUGAAGCUGUGGGACGACGAGGCCGGCGGCAGGGCACGUAUACUGCGGCUCGUUUCCGGUUGGAAGAAGAAUGUAACGGACAUCAGCGGCGAGGUGCUGUGCGUAUCGCAAUUUACUCUCUUGGCUAAGACGACAAAGGGCACGAAGCCCGACUUCCACGGCGCGGCCAACCCGGAAGAAGCCCGGCGCCUCUAUCAGUACUUUGUCGAAAAGGUACAAGCUGGCUACCAAGCAGACCGUGUCAAGGACGGCGUAUUUCAAGCCAUGAUGGAAGUUGCCCUGGUUAAUGAUGGACCGGUCACCCUGGAACUCAAUGUCGGCGGCAAGGCCGCGCAAGAGAACGGUAAAAAGGAGUGA